CCCUGGGCCGCUGGCAGCAGGUCCGGAAAUAUUCGUCCAGGAGACACUUUGCGACUGUCGCCAGAUGGCAAAAUCCAAUGCUGAUAUCACCCGCGAGUUCCGCUCCCCUCAUCCACACCACACCUCAUCAGCAACUGCAUCAUGCUCCGCCCUGGGAACGCAUACACCCCCUCCAAACCCCCACGCUGUGCCCAUGUUACACUGCAUGGCCAGAUGACUGGCAGCCUGUCCAAGCUACUAGUAACAGACACGGCUUGGCUCUGUGGCUGCUCCCAGGAGGUGCCCAGCUUGGUUCCCAAAAACCUGCAACCUGCAUCGCUCGCUCGACUGACACCUGGCGGCUGUGUUACGUCUGCCGCCAAGAAGGCAGCGUUCGGACACGGCGGAUACGCCACUCGAGCAAGCGCCGAACGAAGCAGCGGGCCGACGCCAGGCCUGCGUGUCGCUGCAGCGCCCCCAGACUCGCUUUGGCCGGUUCGCAAUUGACGGAGUGACCUGACAUGCGGAUUGUUGGGCAGCAGCACGGCCUCAAUCGUUCAAAUUUCUCGGUGACUGGUCACCGGGUUGGACGGAGGUGACUGCCAGGUGACUGCCUCCCGAUGAGUGACUGGGCUUGAUUUGGGGCGAGGACCGAUCAAGUGGCCUGACGGACGAGGACUGCCAGUCUGACAGCUUCUUGGGUUCACUGGCCCCGUCAGCUGGAAUAAAAAGGAGUCGCGUCGAUAGGUUUGAGCCGGGCUGGCACAGGCUCUAAUUUCGGCCAACACCACCACGGCCAUCGUCGCUCAGAGUUGCGUGUCUUGUGGGCAGACUCUGUCCUUGGCUUGUCACGAGCUGUUGCUCCACGUCCAUUCACACAAGAUGCGAGGCUUCCACCGCUCGGUCAAUCGCCUCGUGCUGGUGGGAAUUGAACACGACAUGGUAACAUAUCCAGGCUGUCCGGCUUGAGGCAAUAUCAACCAGUCUAUCCUGUCCGACUGACUCGGCCGACACACGUCACAGUGGAUUCUCAAGGCGAUCAUCCAUUUCAUGGCUACAUCAACAGCAUCGAAAGUCAAGUGCCCAGAGGUGUUUCGAUAGUCGCAAAAUCGAUAAAAUCGUGGUUAAUAUUGUCCUUCUCUUUCCGACCACGACCCAGUUCACAACGACAUUUGCGGUGCUCUGUAAACGUAUAAAGGCGGUGACAAUGGCCCAAGGUAAAUGGUAAAUGCCUGGCCGAGCCCACGCUGCGAUCGAUUGACAUGGCCGGCUCCUGCACCACCGCCCGGGCUGGUUCCACAUGCCCCAGGGGUCUUUUGUGGGGAAGCGCCAACGGCCAACGGCCAACGGCCAACAGGGUUACAGGGUCAGCUGGGGUUGAGGGGCAAGUGACGUUGGGCCUGCAAAUCCAAAUGAAUUUCAGGUUCAGCAUCAAGAAUGAAUCAAGAAUGAACCCACAGCCUCAGUCACUCACCACUCACCACCCACCACUCAUCAACCCAUCGCCCAAGCCUGCCUUUCCCGACUGAUUGCUCCUGCAGCACAGGCAAAACAGAACAGCUCGAGCUUGCCUUAUGUCAUCUCUUUGAAUCCUGCCUGCCUAACUGCAACUGCACUUGCGACGAGAGGAGGGGUCGACAGCAAACAUCGUACCCGCCUGUGUGCCAUCACCCUUGCAUUGCUUUUGCCUUUGCCACUCCUCUGCCGCCACGACUCUCACUAUGCACGGAAAAGGUACUCGCAGAGACUAGCGGCCUUCAAUACCAUUCCAGCUAUCCAGUAUCCGGUCCCGCGAUCCAUAAGCCCUCGGCACGCUCACUCUCACUUCCCGUCUUCACUUCCUGGGUAGCUACCUAGGUAUCUACCUUACUUAUCUCAACUAGCACCGGCAGAAUGCGGGCGCCUGACAUCGCCGCCGUUAUCGAAACCAAGGACCAGCUGGUAAAGGAUCUGCUGCCAGACAAGAUCGACCAUGGUGUCUUGAUCCCGCUCAAGACCACGCUCGAGCUGAGGGACGCUCACAGCUGCGGCCAGGCCCUCAUCACCCGCGCCCCCACCAAGAGCGCGAGUGCCGUCAUCGGCACGCUUCAACACCUGCUUCCGGCCGAGGUUGUUAAUGGCCUCCCCCAUUUGCGACGCUGCGCGAAGCCGUGCGACCUGCCGUCUCACCUCAAGGCACAUCUGAUGAACGAUAGCCCCCAGAGCCGCCAGAUGCACACGGGGAAGGCCGCCUGGGUCUACAUCAUGCUCGGCAUCGAGUCCUUGUUCGAUAUGGAGGAGCUCUUCGACUCCCUGUCCAAGAUCGAAAACCUGGGCGGCGAGCCGUUUGUGGCCACCAUCCCCGUCCCUCUGCUCCCGCCCACGUCGCAGGUGCAGGCGGCCCUCUGGUGCAGCCAGUUCUGGCCUACCGUCUACCGCAAGACGAAUCCGCUGGGACCCCACCCUAGUCUGGUGGCUCGGUCCACGGACGACAUCUCUGUGGACGCAGCCGUAUGGAUGGGCCUCGCCCACAUGGUGGCCGCCAAGGCCCGCAAGGCUGGCCUUGGCCUACCCAUCGGUGCUUGCAUCAUACAGCGCAUGGACGACGGCCAGACGAAGCUUAUUGCGCUCGCUGCCGAUGCCCGCUUCAACCGCUGGGGAAACGCUCCGGCCGGCGUAGAUGGAGACGGCUGCUGCUCGACGACGGGCAAUCCUAUAGGCCAUGCCGUGCUGCGUGCCAUCAGCAUGGUGGCCAAGAAGCUGGUGCGUGCCGAGAGGCGUGGCACUCCUGUUGACGGUGACAGCGACGACGACGCGGAGACGCCAACGGUGAAACCACAGGCGGCGGCGGCGGCUGCCGCUGCUGCUGCUAUGGCGGCAUCUGAGACGCACCGCAUCCCCGUCGAGUUCGACCCGUUCCAGGACGACCCCCUGCUCGAGGAGGAGCGGCUUGUGUUCGAAGCCGACCACCCGUCUCCUGAGGGAUACCUUUGCCACGGACUCGAGCUCUAUCUGACACACGAGCCGUGUGUUAUGUGCGCCAUGUCAAUACUGCACUCGCGGAUGGGAAAGGUGAUUCUGGCCGAGCGGAUGCCUCUUACUGGCGGGAUCUGCUCCGAGGAUCGCACUCUGGAUCCUUCCAGAUACCCGGACAUGGCUAAUUUCAGCGAUGGCGGCCACGGCUUGGGCCUUUUCUGGCGCCGAGAGCUCAACUGGAGUCUUCUGGGCUGGGAGUGGGAGCCCUGCGACGGCCUCAGGCCCGAGCAGCUGCCCCCAACCACCCACGCCUAACAGGCGUCGACAGCAAACAACAUGUGGCAAGUUCCAUAUGGACCGGCCUGGGGUUACGCCCAUCCCUUUGGGCGACUCUCACUUCCAGGCCAGGAGCAACAAUCCCUUCCCUCUUUUUUUUUUUUUUUGACUCGAACUGCUCCCUGAGCUAAGGCUGGGGCCUGACUGCGCUUUCAUGUGGCGACCAGGUACUGAGGAGUGGGGACUGGGGCUGUAGGUUGGUGGUGCGUCUUUUAGAGUCUGCUCUACGUCACAUCACCAUUACCCAUUUGCAUUUCGGUUUGGAGGACACAUUAACGAGGGUUUAGGUAGUCCUCUGUGAAGUUGGGUGUUUCAUGGAGAGAAAGCAGGAGAAUAAAGUGGGCAAAAUGGGAAAAAGAAAAAAAAAAGGUGCAUUAUAAAGACUAAUUGUAAAAAGAAGACGCGGAAGCAAGCAAUCAUAGCAUGGCGUUGGGCGCAGGGAGAGAGGCGUCUUCUAGGGCUGGACUGGCAGGUAGAGUUAGUUAGAUUCUUAUCUCGACUGCUUAGAACUGGCA